CAGCAAAAUCAACUUACCUUUACACUUUCAUGGACUCUAUUAUCGACGUCCAGCGGCAAACUCACGAAGAGAUCGAACGCUUUGAACGGGCCCUUUACACACUCCUGUCCAGAAAUACUUCCACUCACGAAGGCAAAGUUCAAAAUGAACACCGCGCUGCGCAGGUGCUUGACCGAAUAUCGUCACGAGUAGUCGCACUUAACAAUCUCUACGAUGACAAGAAUGCUCGGGAACAGGAAAUCAAUUCACUUUCUACGCCUCCCAAUCAGCAGAAUAAUUUAGAGGAAUUUUACUCGCGGUUAAGUAAAAUACGAGAGCACCACAGCAAGUAUCCUGACUCUGUCACAGGAGGCUUUGAAUUGGAACUUGCUUCUCUGCUCGAGGAAUCCACUCAGGAUGACGAUGACUAUGAGGAUGAAGAUCCUAUUUCUUUACUAUUUUCUGGAGAAGAGGUCUAUGGAAAGUAUCUUGACCUUUACGCAAACCACACCGCAUACAAUAAUCUGAAGAACAUUGGAAAACGUCCGGGUUAUCUUCAGUACCUCGACCUGCUUCUAGAAGCUCAGAACGGCCCCGUUCAUCGAGAACUAUCUCAAGAGGCUCGUUCCACAAAGGAUUAUGAGGCAUACAUCAUGGCUUUACAUACUUAUCUUCUCUCUUUUACGAAAAGAACGCAACCUCUGGGCGACUUCGGGCUCCAACAGCAAGAAGCGACAGUCGAAUUCGAGAGAUCUUGGGUAGCAGGGGAAUUAACCGACUGGAAAGAAGAGAGCAGCAACAGCAAGAAGACAUCGGUAAAUGGUGGUACUAAUAGUAGUGGAAUAUGGUGUUCAGCAUGCCAGAAAUAUUACUCCAAGCAAACGGUGUACGAUGCACAUCUCACGUCAAAGAAGCACGUCAAAGCUUCCGUAAAACAAGCCCAGAAUUCUGCCGAUACAGCACCUACAAAUCCCAACGGGCUUUCCACUUCCGCAGUCUCCGCGUCCUCCAAUCUCAGCUCACUAAAAACCCGCCUUCACAAUUCUGCAUUACACACACACCUUGUCACCUCCCUCCUGGUCCCGCUUGCAGGAACCCUCAAUGACACCAAGUCGAAUGUCGAGCGUCGCUUUUCACUUACUGCUCGUGAGCGCGAGCAAGAGCUUCUUGAGCAAGCGAAGCCCAAAAAUACCUCUGGGUCGGCUGCUCAGAAUGGUCCAAGUGGUGAUGGCGAUGAAGGCGAGGGGGAAGAAGAAGAGGAAGAGAGGAUAUACAAUCCUCUGAAGCUACCCCUUGGUUGGGAUGGAAAACCUAUUCCGUAUUGGUUGUAUAAGCUACAUGGUUUGGGUGUAGAGUAUCGAUGUGAAAUAUGUUCAGACUUUGUGUACAUGGGCAGGAAGAAUUUCGAUCGACAUUUUCAAGAAUCUCGGCAUGCUUUUGGUAUGCGUGCAUUGGGCCUGCCGAAUACAAAACAUUUUCAUGAGAUCACGAAGAUCGAGGAUGCGCUUGCGCUUGCUGAAAAACUUAAACAGGAAGGGAAGCAUGAAGUGUUCGAACAGGAAACUAUGGAGGAAUUGGAAGAUGAUGAAGGUAACGUCUAUAACAGGAAGACUUACGAAGAUCUCAAAAAGCAGGGAAUUAUCUGAUGCAUAUUUCUGUAUCAUUGUCCUCCCACAUUGUAUCUUUCUUGCUCGAAGAAAUGCACGUUUUCGACCAU